GCUCUAUUUAUGAAAUGUUUGGAAAUGAAUGCUGUUUCUCAACAGGAGAAGUGAUUAAAAUUACUGGUCUCAAAAUUAAGAAGAUCAUAGCUGAAAUUUGUGAGCACAUUGAAGGUUGUGAGUCUCUACAGCCAUUUGAACUGCCUAUGAAUUUUCCAGACAGUCCCCGACUUAUGAUGAGAUGAUUAAAAUUUUUCAACUUCAUGAUGUUGCAAAACAAAUAUACAUUCCAUAGAAACCAUACAUCAAAUUUUGAAUUUUGCUCUUUUACUAUAGGCUAAUAGACUUUUUUAAAAGAAGCAAGGUAUAUAAGUCAGAAGUUGCUACUGUUUUUCCAUCUGGAUGUUAUAGUGAAACAUGACUCAGAGCAGCCCUAAAUAGAGCUCCCUGCCUUUUAGAUAGCUCACUAUCCAAUGAAUCAGGGGCUAGUUUUCCAGAUUUUCUGGGUCAGCUUCUCUUAAGGUCUUUUUAAGAUUGUGGCUGAUAAAACUCCGUACCUUACUAUGGAAGAAAUCACAAGGACCAUUCAUAUUGGACCAAGUAGACUAGGGCAUCCUUGCUUUUAUCAUCAGAAGGAUAUAAAACUAGAGAACCUCAUCAUAAAGCAAGGUGAGCAAAUCAUGCUCAACUCAGUUGAAGAGAUCAAUGGAAAUAUAAUGGUGAGCUGUGCAGUGGUAAGGAAUCAUCAAAAUCAUUCAUUUAAUUUGCCUUUGUCACAAGAAGGAGAAUUCUACGAGUGUGAAGAUGAACGUAUUUAUACUCUAAAGGAGAUUGUUGAAUGGAAGAUUCCCAAGAACAGAACACGAACUGUAAAACUUACAGAUUUUUCAAAUAAGUGGGACUCAACGAAUCCAUUUCCUAAAGACUUUUAUGGUACCCUGAUUCUCAAGCCUGUUUAUGAAAUUCAAGGUGUGAUGAAAUUUCGCAAGGAUGUAGUCCGCAUCCUCCCCAGUCUAGAUGUCGAAGUCAAAGACAUCACUGAUUCUUAUGAUGCCAACUGGUUUCUUCAGCUGUUAUCAACACAAGAUCUUUUUGAAAUGACCAGUAAAGAGUUCCCCAUAGUGACUGAAGUCAUAGAAGCACCUCAAGGAAACCACCUGCCCCAAAGCAUUUUACAGCCUGGGAAAACCAUUGUGAUCCACAAAAAGUACCAGGCAUCAAGAAUCUUGGCUUCCGAAAUUAGAAGCAAUUUUCCUAAAAGGCACUUCUUGAUCCCCACUAGCUAUAAAGGCAAGUUCAAGCGGCGACCGAGGGAGUUCCCAACAGCCUAUGACCUAGAGAUCGCUAAGAGUGAAAAGGAGCCUCUUCAUGUGGUGGCCACCAAAGCUUUUCAUUCCCCUCAUGACAAGCUGUCAUCUGUAUCUGUUGGGGACCAGUUUCUGGUGCAUCACUCAGAGACGGCUGAAGUCCUGUGUGAGGGAAUAAAAAAAGUGGUGAAUGUUCUGGCCUGUGAAAAAAUUCUCAAAAAAUCCUAUGAGGCAGUGCUGCUCCCUUUGUACAUGGAAGGAGGUUUUGUAGAGGUGAUUCAUGAUAAGAAACAGUACCCAAUUUCUGAACUCUGUAAGCAGUUCCGCUUGCCCUUCAAUGUGAAGGUGUCUGUCAGGGAUCUUUCCAUUGAAGAGGACGUGCUGGCUGCUACACCAGGACUGCAGUUGGAGGAGGACAUCACAGACUCUUACCUACUCAUAAGUGACUUUGCCAACCCUGCGGAGUGCUGGGAAAUUCCUGUGGGCCGCUUGAAUAUGACUGUUCAGUUAGUUAGUAAUUUCUCUAGGGAUACAGAACCAUUUCUAGUCAGGACUCUGGUAGAAGAGAUCACUGAAGAACAGUAUUACAUGAUGCGGAGAUACGAAAGCUCAGCCUCACACCCCCCACCUCGCCCUCCCAAACACCCCUCAGUAGAGGAAACAAAGUUAACCCUGCUAACCUUAGCAGAAGAAAGGACGGCGGACCUGCCCAAGUCUCCCAAGCAUCAUCAUGUAGACAUAUCCAAGAAACUUCACCAGAAUCAAGGUGGCCUCGAUUCAAAAGUACCAGUUGGUAGUCAGAAUGAUUUCGUGGAUGUAGAGAAGGAGAGGAACAACUGUGGGGCCACAGCAAUAGCAGAAAUGUUCAAAAAUGAAAAACAUCAAAAAUAACAAGAUGUGACAGAAGCCACUUAGGCAGCAAACAUAAAUGCUGCCGUGAAAAAGGAAGCUAGCCUUCUAAUUGAAAAGCAAGUAUUUCCCAACAGACUCCAGAAGAACCUUGACUCAUCACUGUAAACAAGAAAACAACCUUAAAUGUUUUAACAGAUAAAACUUAGAGAAACCUAUGGUACAGAAUUCCUAUAGUCUAUUCUGUUGUGUCUAAACUUGUAUGUAUUGUUUUGUUUUUAUUUAGGAGAUAUUUAUUUAAGGUGCACAUUUUGGGGGGUGUUCUUAUUUCUACUACCAACAACUAAGUAAUUGAGAAAUAAUUUUGUAUUUAAGUUUGAGUAAAACUGGUCUGAAAUGGGAUAAAAGCCCACCAAAUAUUUUCAUUUUUUUCAGUAUGUGUUUUGCCAUUUUUAGUGCUAUCAUCAUUUCUGACAAGACCUAAAGAAAAAUAAUUAUAUCUGAGUGAUUUAAAAUGUCUAGGUUUCUUAUCCACAUCCCUUGGAACUGUGGAAAGGAGUUUGGCUUCACAUUCACAGUGUAUUUGUAAAAUACACUGUAUAAUGAUUAUAUUUGAAUUUCAACAGCCAAAGCCAUUGAGAGUCAGAGGAGUUUUUCCAUAACCUUCUCUUUUAUGCCCCAACAACAAGUUCAUGACUGAAAUUUCACCAGAUUUCUGAGAUGAUGUCUUAAUAUUUUAUGUACUAUAUACCAGGUAAUUCUUUAGAUAAAUGUUUAUUAGGAUUGUAGGAAAAUUAUCUAGUUAAUCAUAACAUUUAAUGGAAAGAAAAAGGCAAUAAAAUUAUAAUGAGAUAUAAUAAAUUUGGUUGACAAUAAACCAAAGUGUUUCUUAAUUAGUAUACAUUAGAAUUAUGUUCUUAUAGUUGCAUCAUCUAUAAAAAUUACUUUAAGGGCUCUCACAUUUUGAUAAUUUAUCUUAUUACAUAUUAAGUAUACAAGAACAACAUUAUUUUUCCUCUAACAGAAUGAAGAGACAGGCUAUCUGGUUAAUGUUACAUAGGAAUUUAAUAGCAAAGCUUGAACUUUAUCCAUAGAUCAUACUCUGUACAAAAUCUGUUAGCUAGCAUCCUGUCUCAUACUUAUUUUAUGUUAUAUGAAGAAAUUUGUUGAUUUUGUACCAAAGUGUUUCUGAAGACAAUAAAUUGUGAGUCAAUUUUUUAACAAAAGAAAUACAGUUAGAGAUUUUUCAAUGUUUAUAUUCUGAUUAAGCUUAAUUUCCCUGAUUGUUUUUCUUUUUAAGUGAUAACGAAUCCUGAUUUCUAAUGUUCUAAAAAUUGCUUUGUGAUUUGAUUGUGGUAAUAUCAUUUCUUAUCUACAAUUUCUAGAAUUUUAUGGGAUAGUUUUACUUUUAUUCUGCCUGUACAGACAAGAACAAAAACUUUUCUAAGCCCCACAUUUGGCUAUUGAAGGUCACAGCGAAUCUUAACUCAACCUAACAACCUUGGCCAAAUGCAUUAUGGGUAUUUUAGACUCAUAUAAUUUGUUAUUUUCAAAUAAUAGUGAAUAAUUUUUUAUUUGGAAUAUGAGAACAAUUAAAUUUGUACUUUUAGUAAGUACGAUUCUUUGAUUAGAAAAUUAAGAGAAUGCAUAUCUUAAUUUGGUUGUAAAUUAUCAAGGGCUUUCUAAUAGAAAUCAUAUAACAUUUCUAAAUAUAAGUGCUUGCACAUACUGUGUUUCCAGUUGUCUUAAUAUUGAAGAGUGUAAUAAGCUUCAUGUUCAACUAUUGGAGAUUUGGGAAGAUUGAAAAUAAAUUUCCUAAUUUUUA